AUGGUUGCCAACAAUGUGGCCUUCACCCAAGGAGAUAUGUCAUCUGAAGAUGUGUUCGAGCAUUACAAAGCUGCCGCUGCAUCUUCAGGCAGGAAGAAGGACAACAAAAGGACUCAGGGGGAGAGCAGUAAAACCACCUCAAAGAAGGCCCGAGCUGAGGACUCUCCAGCCACUGUCCCUUCGAAGGAGAACACGCCACCUCCAUCACCACUCGAGCAGCCAGCCUCAACUCCUCCGGUCGACCAGGACGCUACUCCUCCAACACCUGUCGAACAGCACCCCACACCUCAGGACCCUACCAGCCGAACACACCACACUCAGCCUUCUCAGCCUGAAGGCUCUUUGUCCAGCUCCGUGAGAUUGCUGACCAUGACCGCUGGCUGGCACCGUGCGGGUGCAAUGGUUUCCAAGACCAAAAAUUUUGACGCCAGGCUUGCUGAGGCUAAGAAAGCGCUUGAAGAGAAAAAUGCUGACCUGUUCGAGAAGAACAAUGAGCUAACCAAGCAGAGCGGCGAGUUGCUUGAGAAAAGUGCGGAGCUGUCUAAGCAGAAUGAGGGGCUUCUCGAGCAAAAAGCCACUUUGACUGAUGAGCUGCUGGAGAGUUAA